AUGGUUCAAGUCCAACAAGUGAAACAAGAGGUUGCCAUGUUUUGCCCCAUGAUAUGUCAAGAGAAUAUACAAAAAGGGAUGGGAUCUUCCAAGAACCAUGCAAUAUCUCUUCCGGAAAGAGUCAAUACUUCCAUGUUUAGCCUAAUUAUUGAUUACUGCAGGGUUCAUCAAGUACCAGGUCGCUCGAACAAGGCUUUUGAUGAAAAAUACAUCCGAAUGGGACCAAAAAGCUCUAAAUCAUCCAGAGAGACAGUUGGAGCCUUUGAAAAAUUCACUGACGAUCCACGUAUCCGGCUUUUGAAUCGUCUAUAUGCACGAAAGAGGAAGAGAACUUCAGGAAAGAGAGAAAUUGAGGUGAAUUUGGCGUUCGAUAAAUUUGCAUUGAAAGCUUUACAGAGAAGUCGAAGCGAUGACCGGUCAGUUGAUGAGCUCUUGUCUUCAUUAAUGGAGAAUUGGAGGGAGGUUAAGAUUUGCGAGGAAUUGAAUUCAGACUGGCUCAAGGAGACAAGAGUCUGCUUUGGGCAGGAAAGGAGGCGGGUUCAGUUUCCAUUAACGGAAGGGUUCGAUAAGAAGAUAUCUUGUAUGAGCUUACAGUUUAUACCUUUCAAAGAGCCUUUGAACCUAAUGAACGGUUCUCUGGAUCAGUGCUGCGGUUCAGUCCCUGGCGGGUUUCUGAAAUUUGCACUUACCCCGAAAAAAAUUGUGCUGUUCUCUAUCCCCUCCUUACAUCACUCACGGUCCUUGGGCUGA